AUGGCGGUCAAGGUGCAAGCGACAAAAAGAGCCGAAACCAAUGACUUGAAGGCAAUCUUUCUGAAGUAUGCCAGUGUGGUGCAAGAUGGAGAGAAUUACAUGACCCCCAAAGACUUUGUGCAGAGAUACCUGGGUCUGCACAACCAGCCUCAACAUAAUCCCAAAACUGUUGGGCUGAUAGCUGGAGUGGCUGACACCACUAAAGAUGGACUGAUCUCUUUCCAGGAGUUUCUGGCCUUUGAAUCAGUUCUAUGUGCACCAGAUGCCCUGUUCGUAGUUGCCUUUCAGUUGUUUGACAAGACCGGCACAGGGGACAUCUCAUUCGAGAAUGUACGUGACAUCUUCAGCCAGACGACAGUUCAUCACCACAUACCCUUCAACUGGGACUGUGAGUUCAUCAGACUACACUUCGGCUAUGAAAGAAACAGGCGCCUCAGCUACACAGAGUUCACCCAGUUUUUGCAGGAGCUGCAGUUGGAGCAUGCCCGCCAGGCUUUUGCACAAAAAGACAAAAGUAAGAGUGGCACCAUCACUGCCUUGGACUUCAGUGACAUCAUGGCCACCAUCAGGCACCACAUGCUGACUCCAUUUGUGGAGGAAAACCUGGUUUCAGCUGCAGGAGGCACCACCUCCCACAUGGUGAGCUUCUCCUACUUCAAUGCCUUCAACGCCCUCCUCAACAACAUGGAGCUGGUCCGCAAGGUUUACAGCACCCUCGCUGGCACACACAAAGCGACGCUUGUUACCAAAGAGGAGUUUGUUCACGCUGCUAAUAAGUUUGGUCAAAUCACUCCAAUGGAGAUUGACAUCCUGUACCAACUUGCUGGUCUCCACUCUCACUCUGGGCGACUGAACCACGUAGACAUCGAGAGGAUAGCCCCGCUGGAAGAAGGAAACAUGCCGUACCACCUAGCUGAGGCCCAGAAACAGCACCAUCACGAAGCGUCUCGGCCCAUCUAUCUCCAGGCUGCAGAGUCUGGCUAUAGGUUUGCUCUGGGCGCAAUCGCUGGAGCCACUGGCGCCACGGCUGUGUACCCCAUUGACCUGGUGAAGACACGCAUGCAGAACCAGCGCUCCACAGGCUCCUUUGUAGGAGAGCUGAUGUACAAGAACAGCUUCGACUGCGCAAAGAAAGUGCUCCGUUACGAGGGCUUCUUCGGAUUUUACAGAGGUCUCCUCCCGCAGCUCAUCGGCGUUGCCCCGGAGAAAGCUAUCAAACUCACGAUGAAUGAUUUUGUCAGAGACAAGUUCACCCGCGAUGAUGAUACCAUCCCACUGUUUGCAGAGAUUCUUGCUGGUGGAUGUGCUGGAGGUUCCCAGGUGAUUUUCACCAAUCCUCUGGAGAUCGUUAAGAUCCGUCUGCAGGUGGCCGGAGAGAUCACCACAGGCCCCAGGGUCAGUGCCCUGAAUGUUGUGAGAGACCUGGGCUUCUUUGGCCUCUACAAGGGAGCAAAAGCGUGCUUCUUGCGUGACAUCCCCUUCUCCGCCAUCUACUUCCCCGUUUAUGCCCACACCAAGGCGAAGAUGACAGAUGAUGAAGGAAGGCUGGGGGCACUGCAGCUGCUCACUGCUGGAGCGAUUGCAGGUGUACCGGCGGCAUCAUUGGUGACCCCUGCUGAUGUCAUCAAGACCAGGCUCCAGGUGGCGGCCCGAGCAGGCCAAACGACAUACAGUGGAGUCGUCGACUGUUUCCGGAAGAUCCUUAAGGAGGAAGGUUUUAAGGCAUUUUGGAAGGGCGCAGGAGCUCGCGUCUUCAGAUCGUCGCCACAGUUUGGUGUAACCCUGGUAACCUAUGAACUGCUGCAGAGAUGGUUCUAUGUUGACUUUGGAGGACAUCGUCCUGUUGGCUCCGAGCCCACUCACAAACCCGUGAUCAAGGACCUUCCCUCUGUGACUGCAGACCAUGUGGGCGGCUACCGUUUGGCUGCUGCAACCUUUGCUGGCGUGGAAAGCAAGUUUGGUCUGCACCUCCCUAAGUUCAAGCCACUUGGAGAGGUGAAAAUCAAACCAGCGGAAUCAACAAAAGAGCCACAAACCUCAUAAACCAUCACUUAUUAUGACUGUGAGGGCUGCAUGCUCCUCCGGUCAUUAUCUUUCCUCCAAAUGGCUUUAUUGAACCACGUUUCAAUUACAUGCAUUUGAGUGGUUGUCUUAUUUUGAAUGCUGCAUGAGUAUAGUUUUUUUUUGCGUUUCCUUUGCAUAGCUUGCACAUCUUAAUUGUACAUAUUGUACUUCUCUAUAGAGGGACAUUAUGGCAUUACAAAGGAUUGUCACUGCGUUUUUACGGUGAGCGAUAGCUUUGGUUUGCAUGUGUCAGUUAUAUUUCAGAGACACGAGGAUGUACAGAUGUUUUCAAAGUGUUUAUUUUGAAAUCAUGAGACCAGGGUCUUGGGAAAUAAUUUAAAUGUAUUUAUUGUAUUUUAUUGAAAUAAAUCAUUUCAAACUGUU